GGUCUCAUUCCCUGAUACAUGCCGAUACACUCAUUGAGAGACUAAGGCGCUCAGCGCUUUGUUUUGCUUUGCGCAGCCAAUCUAAACUUCGACGAGUGGCCUCCUUCUACCCUUCGAUCCUCUACACCUUACCUUCGCAUAUCGAUCCGCUUCUUCGAACUUCCACCUCUACAUCAUCAUGAAAAGGGGCAGAUCUUCUCGCGGUCGCACCAGUACCCGCGCGAAUACUGGUGAUCGUGGGGGAAUUCGCAAGAGGGGUGCUCCUCCGACAAAGGUUGACCGAGAUGGUGAUUUGGCGAUGGGCGCAGGUGCAGGCGCAAUUCGUGGCCAAAAAACCCGUUCAGGUUCUGGUCGUCCCGCUUCCUCUGCAACCCGAGCAAACACCGCUCUCGAUCGGAGCAUCAGUCAAAUCCAAAAGGCCCUAUCCAGCUCGAACGCCCAAGCGAACAUCCGGCAAGGAGGGCGCUCGUCUCCCACGGAACAGGUUGCUGUACGUGGAUGGAAAGAAAGCAAGGCGGCGUCCAACCGCGACGGUGGCGUCGAAAGUUUGGUCGCUUUUCUCGAGAAGAAGCUCACCUCACCCGACUCGAAAUCUGGCCCGCGCGUAAAAAUUUCUAAGUCGCGGGUUGAAGGCGACGCUCUGAUAGUGUCCAUCCGACCGGAAUCAUUAGAAAGAAUGCUUCAGCUUAAUGGCUUUACUUUUGCAGGAGCGCCUCUUACCAUCGAAAAAUACGACCAGGAAACCGCUCCAUUAUUGAAUCACUCGAUUCCGGCACAAAACGGUACAACUCCAUCUACCGCAGACACAAAAUCGAAAAUGACGGCGAUACUGGGGAGGCGGUAUUACCAACAAUCCAAAUUGCUCGAUCUGUCUAAGCUGGGGACCGACCCAGAUCUAGUGGCUAUGGGCAUAUUUGGCACAACUUCCACUGAAUCCAAGUUCUUCCCUGCGCUCAUGAAGGUGUGGGAGCUGAACUUUGAUAACGCCACGGCGCGACGUGAUGCUGUCGAAAGUGUCAGCCUUGCUGACAAUCAACUCUCUAAUAUCUCCGUCGUUACGACGCUUUCCCAAACAUUCCCCGAUUUAAAGAACCUUGACCUGUCGAACAAUAACUUUGCCGACGCACAGGCACUUAUAGGAUGGCGGUGGAAAUUUCGCAAACUGCAGUUCCUCGAUCUCACUGGCAAUCCCUUCAGUGCUGAUCCCAACUUCAAGGAUACUAUGCUUAAAUGGUAUCCCGAACUCAAGACUUUGAACAACACCCAGGUCCGCACCGACGAAGAAAUCGCUGCGCAAAAGAAAACGCCGAUCCCCGUCCAGGCCCCCCAUUUCCACGAUGAAGGCCAAAUCGCCGAAAACUUCAUUCGAGCUUUCUUCACUGGCUACGAUAACAACCGUGCCGAGAUCGUCAGCGGGUUCUACGAUAACAACUCAACCUUCUCACUUAAUGUCAACACAUCCGCCCCGAGGGCGCUGCAAACCGAACCAGCUCCUUGGGAUCCGUACCUCAAAAAGAGUCGAAACCUCCUCAAAAUCAGUCAUCUACCUGCGAGAAUGUCUCGGACUUAUACGGGCGUAGAAAAGAUAAAGGAGUUAUGGACGACCCUUCCGCCGACGAGACAUCCGGAUAUUGCAGCGCAUCCUGAAGAGUGGCUCAUUGAAUGUUUCCCAAUUCCUGGACUUCCUGAUAUAUCCGGACAGAGUUCAACCGGCGUUGGUGGUUUCCUUAUCAUGGUACAUGGAAAGUUCGAAGAGGAUAAUUCAGGGAAAGUAGAAACUCGAAGCUUCGAUCGAACCUUUAUUAUCGGGCCGGGAGCAGGUGUAGGAGGAAUUAGGGUUAUCAGCGAUGUGCUAUGUUUGCGCGCAUAUGGCGGCAAUGAAGCAUGGCAACUGGAACCUCCUCCUGUCGCUGCUCAGCCAGCAGCAGCUCCAGUCGCGGCCCGAGUGGCGGCCCCGGCAGCCCCUGCUGGCUACGGACUUCCAGCUCCUGGGAAAGCCGAUGUCCAGGUACAACAAGAGCAAUUAGUAAUGCAACUGAGCGCCAAAACAAUGAUGACGCUGCAAUAUUCCGAACUUGCUCUUUCAGGGAAUAACUGGAACAUGGAUGCUGCUUUGAAGAACUUUGAGGAAUUAAAGACACAGGGCCAGUUACCACCUGACGCUUUCCUUCCAGGAGUUACGGCAUAG